CCAGAGUCCCGAGGCUUUCCCCUCCUUCCGCUGUCAGUGGCCAAAAGGCAUCCCGAGGCUCGGGCCGAAUCACCCCAGGAUGAAGGGUGGUGGCUCAGCGCGGUCCUCACAUGGCCAGAAGAGGAAGGAGCGCGGCGACCCCCGGCCAAAGCCCGAGCAGCCCGUUUGUGUUGCGGCGUGGGCUGGGCAACCAGGGGCGAUUUGCAGCGGCUCAGCGAACCGAUUCCAAGCGCCCCGAGCAGCCCGUCGCAGCCGGGCCGAGGCGCUGGAAUUUCACCCCUGUGCGAGACCCGAGCGGGGUCUCGUGCAGAGCUUGACCCUCCGCAUCCCGAGCGAAGAGCAGGGCCAGGAGCGCUUGCACGGAGGGACGGAGGCUGCCCCAGAGACCGGGAAGCAGGCUCAGCGACCCGCCCGCCGAAAGCGCCCCUGGGGGCUUUCUGCAGGUGGAAAGGGGGGGCGGGUCUGCUCCGCGGCCUGGAGCCAGCCGCCCCUCUCCUUGCCUUGGCUUUCCGAGCGGAAGUGGAGGAAAUCCCCGGAGAAAGAGAAAACGCCGCGCCCAGCGGGCACAGCUGACGCCGCCGCCGCCGCCGCCUCCCCGCGCAGGUGCCUGCCCGGCCUUCCUGGCGGCGUCGUCUCGGCGAUCCUGCGGAGCGAUGGGCGUCUCGGAGCCGGCCUGGCGGAACUCGCUGCCCUACUACUACUGCGUCAAGUUCGCGCUCUCGGCGUCCUCCACCCUCUUCUCGAUGGUCGGCCUUGUCAUCUUCUGCGUGGGCCUUUAUGCUGAAGUGGAAAGGCAGAAGCAUCGGACCCUGGAAGGGCUCUUCCUCGCCCCAGCUGUCAUCCUCAUCCUCCUGGGCCUCACGAUCUUUGCCGUUUCUUUUAUUGGCAUGGUGGGAUCUCUUCGAGACAACCGGACGCUGUUGAAAACCUUCUUCUGGGUCCUCCUGGCCAUCUUCAUCGUUGAGUUGCUGCUAUUAAUGGUGGAAAUUAUAUUCGAGAAGCAGAUGAAUGCCGUGUUCCAUUCCAGCAUUCAGGAUGGAAUUAGACACUAUUAUGACGACUUGGAUUUCAAAAAUAUUUUGGACUAUGUUCAGCAAAAGUUUUCCUGCUGCGGAGGUGAUGAAUUCAGGGAUUGGCAUUUGAAUCCAUACCACUCAUGCAACGGCAGUGGCCCUCUGGCCUGUGGGGUGCCCUAUACCUGCUGCAUCAGGAAGGCACCAGGAGAAGUCAUCAACACUCUGUGUGGAUACCGAACACUAAACCAAGAGCGACUAGAGCUGGUGAACACCAUCCAUGUUCGCGGUUGCAUCCACGCAGUGAGCUUUUGGUUCAAAGACAAUUUUGAAGCCACUCUGGCCAUUGUUUGCUCUUUGCUCCUUCCUCAGGUCUUCGGCUUGGCAAUGGCCUGGCUGCAUUGGCAGAAGCUCAAUGAGAUCCAUUCCCAGAUGGACACUGUGGACUUCAAGCAACUGGACUGGAGUGACUUCAAUUUUGCCAUUCUCGACCUCACAGGGGCCGGCUGGUGCUGGUGCUUGCCUCGAGAAGGUGGCUACAUCCCAGUCUGUGACAAAGAGAAUGAGAGCGAGGUUGAGGCCGCCACCAGCCACAGCAAAAUAUGAAGCCCUUUGGUCGCUUGCGGUGCCUGUUCUGGAGGGCGAGGACUGUUAAGAAAAGAGAUAGGCGGGUGUCAUAUAGCGUGCUUUGCCUUCUGAAAUAUACACAACCACUCAGUAAUUGUUUUUGCAUACUAGGUUGAGUUUAAAAUUCAAAUAGGUUUUUCCAGUUUUGGGACUCUGAACUUUUAAUAUAUAUUUAUUAUUAUUUUUUUAAAAAGUUGAAAUGUAGCAGCUUUUUUAUUUUAUAGUUUUUAGAUUUUAGAACUUUAGUAGAAAAAAAGAAUCCCGGGUAUUUUGUACACCAGAUGGUUAAAAUAUUGCCCCUGCAUUUUCCUACAUAUUACCUAGUAGAUGGUCCAAAUUUUACACUUGCUUCAAACUUAAUUAAUGCUUUAAUUUCCCUAAAAAAGUCUCUUAAUGACUUUAAAGCAGUUUCUUCACUACAAAAACCCAAACAGUCAAGAACCUUGUAGUGCAGACAUUUUCAGUUCUUUCUAUUUUACAGUCUACAGUACUAAUAUCACUAUCAAAAAAUUCUGAUGACCGUGAAAAGCAAAGAUGAUAGGUAAAGAUAUAUAUGGAUUUCCAAAAUAAAAGAAAUCUUAUUUUCUCAUUUAAAAAAUUGCAAAACAUAUACAGAUCUGGCAAUCCCACAUUUUUUGCCCCUUUGAAAAUUAAUGUUUAUGUAACCAAUCAGAUGCAGCUUAGUCAGUGGAUCCACAAUGAACUGGUGUCGGAGGACAAAGCGUGUUGUUACCUUCACUGAAGUUGAGCAGAGUGCCUGAAAAAGAGUUCUGUACUGAUGAAGAAAUGCCCUGUGCAGAUGGCAUUUCCUCGUUUUGAAAAAAGGCCCCUGUUGAACAAGGUGCAGAAGCACUUGUGGAAUCUUGUUCUUUUCUAGUCAUCCUGCUUUUUAAUUUUGCUAUGUAUAUAUAUUCUUUGCUUCUAUUUUUCAUGAUGUUUGUAAGCCCGUAUUUGUAAUCAGGAUACCUUGGGAGUGUAGUGACUGAUUGAUCGAUUGACUGAUCGGUUGAUUGAUUAAAUAAACAAGUGAUUGGA